AUGCCCACCUUCCAAUCACAUGAGUACAGGUCUCACAGCUAUUCGAAGUUUACUUUUGAUUCUGGAAAAGCUGUAGACGGGUUGAAGACAAACUUCUCAGCCUUUGGAGGACAGUGUGUUAUUUCAGCUGAUGGAUACAAAACUGCCACCUGGUGGGUUAACUUGACAUCCAUCCACAGUAUCCAUGAUAUAAGGAUAUAUUACAGGACAGAUGAUGCUCCAUGGGGACCUUCGAAUGACUUCACUGCAAGGUUUUUGGGUUAUUACGUCUAUGUAUCAAACACAACAAACAGUCAAGAUGGUCAUUUAUGUUUCCACGACACUAUGUAUUCCAGUGCCACGAUACCUGCUAUCUUCAAGAUAAAAUGUUCUGUACAUGGACAAUAUGUCAUUUACUAUAAUGAGAGACCGCAGAUGUCACAUGUACAUGCCAGUGAAUUGUCUCCAUAUGCACACAAUGAAUUAUGUGAACUGGAGGUGGAAGGUUGCUCUAAAACAGGUUAUUAUGGACCAGAUUGUUCCCAUCCCUGUCCUGACAACUGUCUUCACCAAUAUUGUCACAUAGAGACAGGUGCUUGUCUGGGGUGUAAACCUGGGUAUCAGGGACACCAUUGUGAACUGCCCUGUAGUCCCCCAUUUUAUGGAGAGGUCUGUUCGCAGAUAUGUGGAAAAUGUAGCAAUAAUGAAACUUGUGAUCAUAUCAAUGGGAUAUGUGGGAAAGGUUGUGAGAUUGGUGUAUUCGGACAGAAAUGUGGGACACAAUGCAAUGGAAGAUAUUAUGGGAUUAACUGUUCUAGUGAUUGCGGAGAAUGUUUGAACUUUGAACAAUGUCACCACAUCAACGGCACAUGUUUGAACGGUUGUGACCUUGGAUACUAUGGAGAAAAAUGUGUCCGCCGUAAAAGUGCCCACUUGGACAAUACGGAAGAAAUUGUGAGAAAAGUUGUUCCCAGAAUUGUCGCUACUCCAACAGGUGUGACCGUAAAUCUGGUUCUUGUCAAGAAGGUUGUAAAACAGGAUGGAAAGGCCUAA